CCAAGGCCGCCCAUUGGGCCACGAGUCUAUACUCGCGGUCCAGGUCUGAGUGGACUGUCGCCAAAGGCCUGCGAGAUACGUCGGUGUUCAUGAGUCACGGAAUCCCACACUGCUCAGGAUCACUAUAAAACCCAUAGGGUUCGUCAAUGGAUGAAAUGGUCGAAGGGAUACCAGAGAAUCGUCGGACACGCCAAGGAUUUGCUCAACACCAGGCAGACAGAUAACAGCCAUGGCCACAGAGCAUUGCCCUAGUGCCUCCAUCAUAGAUAGCGAUCAUCCAGAUCCCAGCUGGAACCGGGGCAAAGAGGCCAUCCCCUCUAGUAUCCCAAUGGGAAGAAUGGCUUUGGAAGACCGAGGAUACCGGCUCACCAGACUGAGUGAAGACCAUAUACUGGUAGACUUUGACCAUGGAUCUCCUGAGAAUCCGGUCAAUUGGACUCACACAAAGAAAAUGUGCACGGUUUUCACGGCACUCUUCUUGGUCCUCAACUCCGGAAUCUCGUCGUCUUUACCCAGCAAUGUCGUUCCGUUGAUGAUGCAGGAUUUCAAUGUCACCGGAGACUCGCAGAAGGUUCUUCCAACGGCCUUGUUCCUUAUCGGAUAUGUUGUGGGACCCUUGGUCUUCAGUCCCCUGAGUGAGACGAUUGGAAGAAAGGCCGUUCUGCUAUGGAGCUUCACUGUGUUUGUCUUGGCGACGCUGGGGUGUGCCUUUGCCCCCAACUGGCCGGCCAUGCUGAUAUUCCGAUUCAUCUGUGGGGCCAUGGGGGCGGCUCCCCAGACGGUGGUCGGUGGCGUCUAUGCCGACAUGUUUUCGACCCCACGAGCCCGUGGCCGGGUGAUGACCUUUUAUAUGGCGGCUGCAAGCUUUGGUCCGAUCAUUGGGCCGAUCAUCUCCGGGUGUAGUUCUCAAUACGGCUGGCGAUGGACAUUCCGCAUCGACCUUAUUCUUACCGGCUGUAGCUGGCUAGGCUCGCUUUUUAUGCCAGAAACCUUCGGCCGCGUCAUCCUCAAGAAGCAUGUAGCAAUGCUGAACAAGGGCUCGGCCACCUCUCCCUAUGUCUCACAGCAGGAACUUCAGAGUGUCGUCGUCGACUGUAGCUUUACGCAGACCUUGACGCGACCCAUCACGAUGAUGAUCUUUGAGCCAAUCAUCGUGUUCACCGGAAUCCACAUCUCGCUUGCCUACGGUCUCAUUUUCUUCUGUUUUCAAGCAUAUCCUAUUAUCUUUGAAGACACCUACGGCUUCAGUGUCAAACAGACUUCGUUGUGCUUUCUACCCAUUGGCAUCGGCGCUGCAUCGUCAGGUCUUUUUUCACUCUACUACGACAUCAUUUAUGAGCGAGCCAAAGCGCAAGGGAAAAGGUGGACGUCAGUCCCCGAGCUCCGGCGACUCCCAGUCGCGUGUAUCGGUGGCCCUUGUCUCACCAUCAGUCUCUUCUGGCUGGGAUGGACCGCCAACCCCCAGAUCUACUGGCUGGUUCCGGUGCUGUCGGGUCUGCUGUUCGGAUUCGGAUACCAAAUUAUCUUCAUCUCGCUCUUGACGUAUGUGACCGAUGCGUACAAAAUCUACUCGGCCAGCGCCCUUGCAGCAUCGGUGAUCAUGCGGAGUAUCCUGGGUGCGGUUUUCCCGCUGGCGGCGACUCCGAUGUAUUCAACCCUCGGAAUAGGGUGGGGAACAUCGGUGUUGGGGUUCGCGAGCCUGGCUUGUGUCCCCAUCCCGCUGGUGUUUUUGUACACCGGGGCUUGGAUGCGCAAGAAAAGCUCCUUCUGCCAGCGGCUACUGCAGGAAGAGUGUGCGAAAGAAGUGCAGGUGACACAGCCUGCCACGAAGGAGACAGUUUGAUCACCGUGUCACCAAACCGGCCGCGCGCCCCUCCAAGAUGGGAUGCACUCCCGUCAAC